AUGGCCUACAUCCUCUUCAUCUCCUUUGUUGUCUUAAUGCCCAUUCUAUUCAACAACAUGUUGGUCCAGUACAUUUUGGGUCUGGAGAAUUUCAGGCUGAUCCGUGGUCAUCUCACCAGUGAGAAGUGUCUAGAGAAUGAGAAAGUGACCAAGAUGGUGUCGGUGGUGAGCAAUAUUCAAGAGAGGAUUCCCGCUCUAGAGAGGAGCCACAGGGAGAUGCAGCAGAGUCUGGAGCACAUCAUGAAAACUCUGCAGGAACUCAAUGGAAAGAUUGACUGAGAAAUAGGUAGCUACUUAAAUACUUUUCAGCAUUGUUAUGUUACUCCAAAAUCGUAGGUGUAGCUAGCUCUAACUGUCAUGUCGAUGUUGUAGGUCAAGAAAUAAUAAUAUGUUAAUUCUAGAGACCAA